AUGUCUUCAUCGUCAGUUUUACCGUUCAUUGAUAAUGAAAAACAAUGUUUUCUUUUACAUAAUAAAUUAACUAGUCAGCCAACAACUCGACAAUCAGAAGUGACAAAAAAUGCUAUGAUAGCCAACAUUGAUAAUGAACCAACAGUCGAUACAGAAGAAAGUUUAACAGCUACACAAAUUCAUGAUGAAUUAACUACUGCUUAUGGACAUGGUGUAGUUUCAUAUUGUACAGUUACUCGAUGGAUUCAACGAUUUUCAAAUGAGCGAGAAUCCUUGGAAGAUAAUCCUCGAAGUGGUUGUCCAAUAACCGCCAUCACUCAACAAAAUAUUGAUGCUGUUAAUGAUCUGAAAAGAUCAUCAUCAAAAAACUUGGCAUUAAAUUUGCAUCUUCACAAUGCAAAACCACGUAUGCAAAAUAUUAAUCUUAAUCUUGAUUAUCUUCAAGAAGAAAAAAUCAAAGUUAUGGCUCAUCCACCAUAUUCACCUGACCUUGCUCCUUCAGACUUUUGGGUGUUCAAUCGUCUGAAACGUAGUCUUGAUACAUAUCCAGUUUCAACAAGUUUUGCUACGGCAAUAACCAAGGAGCUUAAAUCAAUACCUAUUCACGAAUACCAAAAGACAUUUCAGAAAUGCAUUGAAAGGAUGAAAUUUUGUAUUGAACAUCGUGGGGACUGCUUCGAACAUUUACUGUAA